AUCUUUCGAGAACGUGUAUAUCGUAAAACCCAAACGAGGAAAUGAAGCUGGGUGGGUUGACAUGACUCAGUGAGUUUAUGGCUUUUCAUAGAAAGUUGACAGAGUUUCAAGUGCGGCCUCAGAAUUAAGUAGUUGGUUGGCAUUUUUUUCGUUCUUUCGAAACAUUACUGGUUUUUUCCCUCGGGGAUGAUUAGAAAUCAAGAUCGAUGCUGUUGAACAACUUUGACACAAUUUACAAUUUCAAACGGCUCUCGAUUUAUAGCGACUGAUUCCAGGCACCUCUAUAAAUUUUUUUCGACGAUUGCGAUUGUUGCGGCCAGGCAUAAAACGCGCUCGGAAUGUAUAUAAUUUGCAUUGAUUUUUUUAUCCCCAGAUUAUUUUAUAUACAUUCAAUACAACUGCAAGUCGUAACACUUUUAAGUGUGACUUUAUAGUUAUAGAUUCUUCAAACGUGCGCGAAAGAAACGGCAACAGGAGUAACGUGAAAAAUCGUUCGUUCGAUUCAAUUUUUUCAAGUGGAAAAUUCUCAAAGACCGCUAGAAAGUGAUAAGAGAUUCGUGUAUAAUAUAACGCGUCCUCGGGCCAAUUACAAUAAUCGCUAUCUAGCGCGCGGGAGGAGUAAAAGGAGAGCGCUCGCGCGAGCGAGAGUGUCGCGUGGCGGGUGGAACAACCGCGCUUUCUCGUCCGAGUAUAAAUAUUGCUGGCGACAGGCUGGCCCAACGUCCAGUUGUCCGACUCGAGUGUUCCUCAGCGAAUCUACUAAGCGCAUCGUCAUGGGACGUUUGGUUCGUAGUCGAUAUCCUUCGAGUUCCGGCGAGUGUCAAUCGUGUGUGAUUAUACGUUUACCAUAAGCGACUCUGUGCAAGUGAUAUUCUAUUUGUGAUCGAGUCAUCAAAGUAGAAUCGUAGUGAUGUUUCAGAAUAUAUGCUGUCCGAAAAAACUGUAUACACAUAUAUUCUGGAACUGUUCGAUAAUCACACACGGUCGACUCUCGAUAUAGCUCGUAAGUAUCCAUCACCCCGCGUAACACCCGAGCCCUUGUUUCAGCAGCUGCUGAGUAUAUGCGCCGUCGUGCUCUACGGCUCGGUCGUAAUGGCCGGACUAUCAAUUCACCAAAGGGAGUUGGAACGCGCCGCCGAGCUUGCAGUGGAGCGAGCCGCCGAGAAAGCAGCCGAACGUGCCGUGGAGAAAGCUUUGAACUCCGGUAACUCCUCGACGGUCACGGUGACUGUCAAGGAGUCCUACUCCAACGCGAUGAAGACAGCCGAAGAGCAGGCAGCCCCGGGCUCCGAGUCGACGAGGCCCUACGACCCCAAGAUCUACGACCGGCAGUACGGCUACAGUCCUCCGGGUCAGUACCAAGUGAACGACUCGGCCGAAGCCGAGGAGCUGGGCAUCUCCAAGGAGUCGCUCAACUCCAGCGUGGAGAACGCUGGCGCUGCUACCCCUGUGCCUACCUCGGCCGAAUCGGUCGAGGCGGAUCGCUCCGUCGAGUCCGUCUCCACGCCCACGAUCGGCUUCGACGCUGCCACCAAGGAUGGCCCUGACGAGCCCGCGACCUCGUCCAUCUCCAGCGUCGGAUUCGACGUGAGCACGAGCGCGGGUCUGGGCUUCAGCGCCGCGGACUUCAGUACCCUGGACUCGGCUCUGGACGACGUGAGCACCAGCAUCGUAGCCGAUAGCGAGCCCGGCUUUAAGGGAGAUUUUGGCCUGAAAAGCAGCACAAAGACCUUCUCCAGCUCGUACUCCAAGAGCAAGGACGACGACUUCUCCGGAACGAAGGUGGUGGACGUCGACGACGACGAGGACGCCGAGAUAUUCAAGAUGUACGCCUCGGAUUUUGGGGAUGGCGGCUGGACGAGCGCCAAACAAAAAGGCUGGGUGCGACACCGGCCCCUCUGGGACGACAACAAGAAGCUAGACACCAACAACAAGGACUUCUGGUCGGAAGACUUCAGCGAUAUAUCGGCUGGAGAGACGCAGAACAAGGACUCCCAGAAGGUCCAGCCGCCAUCGACCCCUACGUCGCCGACAGCUCAGACACCGGCUGAGGAGAGUCCGACUACGCAGAAGACGAGCCAAGUGGUGAAACGCAUGGUGAAGCACUACACCGACAGGAACCAGGAGCAGGUCGCGGUACCACUGGCCACUUUGUCCUUGGACCCGAAAACUCCAGCGGCCCUGUACCAGCUGUUGCAGAGGGAGGUCAAGUUUCCCAUCAACGGAUACGACAGAAGGCUUCCCAUGCCCAUGAAGGUCUACGUGACGAUCCCCGUACCUUAUCUGCCGUCUUAUGGCAUUCCUAAGAGCGACGUAUCAUCCUAUGGCUCUCAGAAAAGCGACGGAUCUUCGUAUGGCUUUUCAAAGAGCGACGGAUCAUCGUACGGCUCUUCAAAGAGUGACGGAUCAUCGUAUGGUUCCUCAAAGAGCGACGGAUCAUCGUACGGCUCUUCAAAGAGCGACGGAUCAUCGUAUGGCUCCUCAAAGAGCGACGGAUCAUCUUACGGCUCUUCAAAGAACUAUGGGUCGUCGUACGACAGUCAAAAAAGCGAUGGAUCAUCGUAUGGUAGUCAGAAGAGCGAUGACUACGAUCAGUCCAAGGAGUCCGAGCCCAACCGGUACGAGCUCGCUGUACCACCAAACCCGUACAAUGACGAGAUGAACGAGGAGCCUUACCCGACAACGACGGAGCCAAUCAAGAGAUCUUUCCAGCUCGACAAAGAUGAGGAGCACGAAGAGAAGGAAGGCGAAGCAAAACAAGCCGAAAAGGAGGACAAGGAAGAUUCAUCCGUUACCGAAGGUACCACCAGCACUAACAAGACACUGAUAUUAAUAGUUCCACAUCGCGAUUCGAAUUCCGGAGAAAAGAGAUCCAAGUCAGAGGUCGCGGUGGGCCAGCCACACCCGUUUCAGGUCAACACACCCCUAAAGCUGUUCGACCCGAAGCGCCCAGAAACGGAAGUACCGCAAAUGACGACCUAAGUUAACAGGGACGCAAUGCUACACUUGAUCAAAAUUGAGGGCUGGAGAAAUUCGUGGAAGCUAUAUAAUUUAUUGUCUACAUAAGGAAGCUAAGUUUAAGUUCCAAAUAUAAUGUUUUUAACUCUGAUAUAGAUAUAAUUAUCGGUUAGAGGGACGCGAGAACGCAAGAUGCAUCCAAAGAGCGCGGUUGAAUCAAUACCAAAUAGUUGCUAACGAUUUUUUACUAAUUCAUCGUCCAGUUCACACCGGGUGACUCUUGCGAUCUCCCGAUCUCGUAAGCUCAUCGUCGCUCAUGUUUUAUAACAAUGUCAUCAUCCGUCAUGUAAGAUAUAACGAAAAAAAAAACAAACAAAUCCAUGUUACAGUUUU